AUGUUUGGUGCCUUUGGUGGACGCUUACGCGCGCGAUCACUCUCUCCUGAUCCUAAAGCAAAUCUCAACACUGCAGCGCAGCGAGUAGCAAUGGCAGAUCCUUCAGGUACCCUAGGUAGGCGUCAAAUUGCUCAGGCUCGUUUAGCUAAAUUACCACCUUCUUGGAAAGAAAACCCAACACUUUGGUUUUCGCAGGUUGGAGCCAUGUUCGCGAUUUCUCGUAUCACUGCUGACACUACUAAAUUUCAUUACAUUGUGACUAACUUAAACACUGAACCACUACCUUCUGUCUCUGACAUUAUUACAAAUCCACCUGCUCAAGAUAAAUAUGAUACUCUCAAAGAGCGUUUGAUUAAUUCCUUCUCUGAGACUAAUGAGUCCAAACUACGUCGAAUAUUCAGAGGCGUCGAGUUUUUCGACGAGAAACCGUCAAAUGUCCUCCAACAUCUCCGAAAUUUGGCUGGCAACCAAGUAAGUGACACUGUUCUACGUACCUUGUUCUUGGAACACCUGCCUGAACAAGUUAGGGGCAUCCUGUCCAUCAGUGAGGUAGCGGAUCUCACACGCUUAGCCCUGCAGGCCGAUAAGAUUAUGGAAGUCACAAAGCCUUCUAUAUUUGCCAUCGACAAAUAUCCCAGUUCCAGUGCCUCAACAACAGCAUCUAAGCAAUCAAUCUCCAAUAACAUUGACCCGUCGGUUACUCUGGAAAACCUUACAGCCCGAAUUUAUGCCCUAACAAAAAACUUUGAACAUCUAGAUCAGCAUGUCAGAGGCAGAGACCAGUCCAGACACAGAGCACGUUCACGGUACGUAGAAGAACUGAAAGGCUGCCUUGGAGAAAUCAUAGAAGCUGUGUCUGAGAGAGCAAUUUACGUCUUUUAUCAGCAUAUAGAAUAA